AUGUUGGCUGGCAAAGGUGUUCGUGCUGUCGCAGUAAUGUGGGUGAUGACGUUCAUCUCGUUUAUUCUUGUCCCCCUACGACUCUAUACGAGAAUCUAUAUCGUCAAGGCCCUCGGAGAAGAUGACCAUGUUUUCAAUCUGGCUUGGGUAAGUUAUGGCUCAUUUGAACACGACAGCCGAUGGCACGACGAUGAAAAGCUGACAGGGCUCCAGUUGUUCCUGCUCUUGUACACAAUCUUUAUCACCAUUGCAGGCGUAUAUGGAUUUGGACAACCCAUCAGCAAUCUAAAAAUGGAUAUGGCUGUUAAAGCCGUGUACAACGAGAUGAUCGGGCAGACAUUUGCUGUGCUUGGAAUGGCUAUUGCGAAGUUAUCGCUAGGAAUCUUCCUGCUCCGCAUUGUUGUCAAGCAAUGGCAUCGCGUUACCAUUUGGUUCUCGAUGGUCAGUCUUUCGGUUGUGUCGGUGAUGACGGCCAUCAUAUUCUGGGUUCAGAAGAUUCCCUCCGAAUCCAUAUAUGACCCUCGCGUCCCUGGACGUCUCGUAGUCACGGUCACCCCAUUUUCUAUCUUGCUAGGAUCCUGGUGUGCUGCAGUGGACUUCUACUUUGCUCUCCUUCCGUGGAUCUUCCUCUGGAAGCUUAAUAUGAAGUUCAAGGAGAAGAUAACCAUCGCGAUCAGCUUGAGCUUGGGCUUUAUGUGCGUUGUUCAACACCCUGUUCACUUUAAAAAUGAAUUAACCUUCUCCUUUAGAGCUUGCAUAUGUGGAAUUAUCAGAACUAUCGACCUGGGCGGACUGUCCAGCGCAAACUACACCGAGGAUACGGUCGACCUGAUAAUCUGGUCGGCAGUCGAACUUGCCGUCACUCUUAUCUGUGUUGGCAUUCCCACCGUCCGCCCCCUCUAUCGCGUCCUCGUACACGGCUCGGAUUUGGACAGCUCGGAAGCCGGAUAUGUUAAACAUAACGAGUCCAAUGAAACAUCCCGCUUCCGCAUGCAAAACCUGGCAAAAAAUAACACAGCGUUCACAGUUAAAGACGAUGGUAACACCGAGCUGUAUAUUUCUCGCAAUAACCGCAGCGAUGAGGAAGUUCUUGUCGGUCGGAAUGGGAAAAACAAUCGUGGCAUUCGCGUCAAGGAAGAGGUGCGAGUGGAGAGGAAUUGA